AUGGCCAGGUACUCUGCUACGCGACAGCGCACAAGCGGUAAUGAAUGUGCAUCAGCGAGCUCGCACUGGCUAGAUGUGCGGGCGAAUCUUGCUCCCGCCCCGGCCAUCACGGCCGCCAAGAGGGCGCCAUAUCGGACAAAACAAGAAACAUAA